AUUAUAAUUCUGUAUUUUACUGUUGUCAGUUUAAAAAAGGAGACAUGAUGUUAUUGAUACCUAAUAAUAAAAUCAAAUAUUCAAUUCUUUGUGUUUCAUUCUCAGCUCCUCUGAAUGCGAAAACUUUUACUUUAUUGAGAAGAACAGAGACUAAUGUCACUCUGCAGUGGAGUAAGAUCAUCAAUGCCAGCUAUGUGCUCCAGUUUAAUGGUACAGAGAGGAUGAUUGCAGCCCCUGAUGGUGAUGGACCAGUAACUUUCACAGUCUCAUCUCUCAGUGCUGGAACAACAUACACAUUCAAUCUUUACUCUGUUUAUGGAAACACCAGAAGCACCGGAGUACAACUGACCGUUACAACUGCUCCUCAAAAUGCAGAAAACUUUAGAGCAUCUGCACAGACUGAGACCAGCAUUACUCUUGAAUGGAGUAGAAUGAACACAAAUGUCAGCUUCAUCCUGCAGUUUAAUGGAACAGAGACAAACAUCAGCGCAACAGAAGGAGGAGGACCUGUAUCAUACACGGUCACAUCACUCACUGCUCGCACAGAAUACACCUUUACUCUCUUCUGUGUGUUUGAAGGAAUAAGAAGCAGUGGAGUGAGGGUUACUGCAUUAACGGGGCCCAAUACUUUGGUUCAUUUGAACAUGAGAUUAAGCUCAGUGAUUCAACAAUCAGAGUCAGACCUAAAUGAAGCUUUGGCUGAGUUCUUCAGACAAAACUGUUCCUUACAGCAGUUUUCCUUGAGGAUUGUUCAAGUCGAUGAGAGCAUUGAAGGAAACACAUGAACACAAGAAGACUCAAUCUGCAGAGUUUUACUUGAUGAAUGUUGUAAUUUCUCUACAACAAACAUUUUUUUUAAUAAUCAGCACUGGUUGUGGGGAUUGGGUUCAUAGCUAAUGGGGAAACUUUGGAGAAGUAAAAAUAAAUAUUACAUUUUCUUUGAAAACUUUUGAAGGUGUAGGGUUAUUUAUAUAUACAUUUUUGAAUAAGCAAAUGGAAAAUCAAACCAAUAGGAUACUCACUGAAAGUUAUUCUUUAUAUGUUUCACCAGAUUAUUUUGUGGCCCAUUUAUGUUGAUAUUUAGAAAUCUGCCCCAACUAAAUUUGAAACUAAAUAAUCAUAAUAUAAAGUAUAUUAUUUAAUAAAUAUAAAGAGGGAAGUGGGAGCAAACGAGUAACUCUUGCGUCAUCCAUUUUAU